GUCAUCAUAUAUUAUAAAUAUUUCACUGCUAUCAGUGCUAGUGAUUUUUAUGGCUAUUCUUUCAUAACGGGAGAUUUUAGACAGCCAUGUUACUAGCGGUCUUAAUUCUUCUGACAUUUGAAACAUGUCAUGCUGCUACAAGCAAUGGGACACACUGGAUUGUCGUUCCUGACAAGUACACACCUGGAGUUCCGCUUCCGGUGACCUUCACCUUCUAUAACACGUCUGGCGUUGAUGUAAAGGUACAACUGGACCUGCUUUCCGAUAGUCAUCACAGAGUAACUUCCCUUACGCACACUUUUAAAGAAGGAAAACCAGGGUUGUUACAACUGCAGGUACCAAAUCUAUCAGAUAAUCCAGAAACUUACUCUCUCCUGAUAAAUGGACUAAGGGGUUUGUUUUUCCAAGAGCAUGCAAUCUUACACCAUGAUUCUGGUGAUAUCAGUGAAAUGUUCGCCGUACAUAUUCAGACAGACAAGGGUAUAUAUAAGCCUGGACAAACCGUGCGUUUUCGGACAUUUGGGAUUUCGUCCACAAUGUUGGUUUAUACGGGACAACUCAACAUUUCGAUUACUGAUCCGAAAGGAAACAUAAUGAAGAAUAUGGUGAACGUAUCGGAAUCAAAUUAUGGUGUCAUCGAAGAUUAUCUUAUAAUGGACUCUGAACCGGUUCUUGGUACAUGGACAAUCACUGCAAAAGUUAAAGACAGGGCUGACAAAGUCAAACAUUUCAUUGUACAAAAAUACGUGCUUCCAAAGUUUGAUAUAAAGAUAGAGCUGCCCUCUUACGUCGUUACCACGGACAACGAAAUGCACGGUACCGUCAAAGCAACAUAUUCGUACGGUAAACCUGUUAUUGGUACAGUAAAGUUAUAUGCUGACACAGAUUAUGGCAGUGCUCCAUGGAAAUAUAAUGGUGGCGGAGUGAUGGUGGAAUUAACAUUUAAUAUUAACGGAGAAGCUAAAUUUACGGUUCCAUUCAGUCGUAUACGAGACGAAGCUGAUCCAAAUACAUAUGAACCCCUGGUCCAAAAGCUGGCAAAUUAUCAUCUUACCAUUAAAGCGUCCGUAACAGAAAGCAUCAACAAUAUAACAAGAAAUGCUACAGCUCAGGUGAAAUUUUACAAGGUGCCAUUUCGUCUGUCGUUUGAUACCGCACCAAGUAUGAUGUUUUUUAAACCGGGAUUAACGUAUCAUGGUCGAGUGUCAUUAACACAAGCCGACGGUAAUCCGGUCAUUUCAUCUUUACCGGAAGUGACGCUUGUAACGUAUGUGAAAUACUACGACCCGGCUUUGCAUUCAUAUAACGCUCAUUACUUACGGGAACAAACAUUGGUUCCUCCAGCAACGGGCUCGCUUAGUUUUAGUGUAGACCCACCAGAAAAUGUAGAUUCUCUUCAUAUCAAGGUUGAGUUUAGAGGACUAUCUGACAUGAUACAUAUCAAAAAACCUUACUGGGUUACUGAGGCUGGAAAUAUCCAGAUAAAGUUAAACUCAAAACAAGUGACUGUGGGACACAAUGCAUCGUUCUUGAUCCAGAAAGCAAGGGAGCUUACACACGAGCAUUUAUUCUACGCCGUGGUUGCCAAUGACCGCAUUGUCCACUCAGGAGUUGUAUAUGAUGAUGGGUCUAGUUCAGUACCACUGUCCUUUGUAGCGACCGAGAAGAUGAAACCGCACGGAAAACUCAUUGUGUAUUAUUUUACAAAUGACGAAUGGAACGCUGAUGCCACGUAUUUUCAAGUUCAAGACAGUUCCAAAAAGUUCAGGAAUAAGAUAGCUCUGUCAUUCAACAAAGCAACUGCAGAGCCCGGAGACUCUGUGAGUUUAUCCGUUUCUACAAAUCCCAUGUCGUUAGUUAAUAUGUUGGCUGUAGACCAAAGCGUAAUGUAUCUGGCUAAAGGAAAUGAUAUAACAGGAAAUGACAUAAUCUCCUCGCUAAUGGUCAAAGGUCAAAAUUCUCAAGACUCAAUUGACUUGCACGCUCCAAAAGAUGUCUUGAAGACGAAAGGUAUACAUGUUUUAACUGACGUCAAAAAAUUUAAUUGGGCCAAUCCAAUGUACAGACGUCAACUGAACUGUGACUGUGAAAGUUGCCCAUCGUACAACAAUAACCUAUCACAGUGUCAGCUAGUGCGGGAUCCUAGCAACCCUUGUUGUAGAAUCCCUCAAUGUAGUUUUGCAGGAACGGGUGGCACAAUGACUGGUGGAACGGGUGGCACAAUGACUGGUGGAACGGGUACAAUGUCUGGUGCAAUAGGAUGUAUGGAUAGAAUUCCUAAUUGCGCUCAGUAUGGAAAACAAGUUUGCUCUAAUGGUGCUUACCAAUCCUGGGUUUCACAAAACUGUGUACAGUUUUGUGCAUUAUGUUCGCCGCCGGUAUUUACAUCACAUAAAGAACCCCUGAAAGAUAAAGAAACAUGUGAAGACAAGAUUUCAGAUUGCAUUGCCUAUGGUCGUGAAGUAUGUAGUAAUUUAGAUUACCGUUCCUGGGUAAUAGAAAAUUGUGGAAAUUAUUGCGGACUUUGCGCGUUACAGACACAAAACAUCAUGACGAAUAAUAAGAUCGAACAUACCAGAGAUACAUUUUUAGAGACAUGGAUAUGGACAAACUUCACUGUUGGACCAGGUGGGAGCAAAACUUUAACAUACACUGUGCCAGAUACAAUCACUUCAUGGUACACAACGGCGUUCUCUGUUAAUACACAGUCUGGACUAGGCGUAACUGACGGACCUGCAAAGUUGACGACGUUUCGACCAUUCUUUAUUAGCCUCAAUCUCCCCUACUCUGUUGUGCGUGGAGAAGAAGUUGUUAUUCAGGCAAAUGUAUUUAACUACAUGGGUCAAGACUUAGACGUGGUUGUGACUUUGGAGAAAUCAGAUGACUUUAAAGCAAUAGAUCAUGACAGCCCAGGCCACACAGUGUUUGUUUCUAAAGAUAUCACAAAAACAAUACACAUUGAAGCUGGUCAAGCGGAAUCUGUUUUUAUACCAGUCGUUGCCAACAUCAUUGGAGCAGCUAAAGUAGCCGUGAAAGCCCAGUCAGUUCUAUCAGGCGAUAGAGUGAUUAAGGACCUGAUUGUUGUAGCUGAGGGGACACCCAUGCACUUCAACAUACCCGUAAUACUAAAUGAACAUACAUCCACUGAUAUUCCGUUAAGUUUCCCGCCAAGUUUUGUAGCUGACUCUCAGAAAGUACAAAUUUCAGUUAUUGGUGAUACAAUGGGACCGACCUUGAAGAAUCUGAAGAAACUUCUGCGCAUGCCCACCGGAUGUGGAGAGCAAACAAUGACAAGCCUGGCACCCGAUGUCUUCGUUUAUAAUUAUCUCAGGAAAACAGGCCAACUUACACAAGCACUUGAAUCAAGAAUCCUUGAAUAUGUAAUGAAAGGCUACCAGCGAGAGCUGACUUUCCAGCGAUCAGAUGGAUCAUUUAGUAUAUGGGGACAACAAGACACAGUUGGAAGCAUGUGGCUGACGGCAUUUGUUUUGAAAUCGUUCCAUCAAGCGAAAGGAUAUGUUUAUGUUUCACAGGACGUGUUGAAUAAAGCAACUAACUGGAUCAUGCGCUAUCAAAACACUGAUGGCUCUUUCAAGGCGGUCGGCUCUGUACAUAGUACAUCAUUGCAGGGUGGUUCACGGUCCAGAUAUAGUCUUACUGCAUUUGUUUUGAUUGCGCUUGCUGAAGUACGUAAUUCACCACAGAAUUUAGACAGCAACUUCCAUAAAAGUAUUGUAACAGCAAGGCGAUUCCUAGAGAGAGCAGUUUACAAUGACAACGUCACCGACAUCUAUGAUCUUGCAAUUGUCAGCUACGCACUCAGCAGAACCGGAAGUGUAAGGUCAUACGUGACUUACAAAAGGCUAGAAAGACUUGCAACUAGGACUAGAGAAUUUAAAAUGUACUGGAAUCUGACCAAAACACCUCAUCAAAGUAGUUGGGAAUACAACUAUUAUCAGAGUCCUCCGUUAGAGGUUGAGGUAGCGUCAUAUGCUUUGUUGUACCUCAUUGACAGUAGGCAACUAUCAACAGGAUAUCCAAUUAUGAGAUGGUUGGUUUCCCAGAGAAAUUCACUCGGAGGCUUCCGGUCAACUCAGGACACAGUUCUUGGACUUCAAGCGAUGUCUGAGUAUGGGGCUUUGUUUAAAGAUAGCCUUGACCUUAACAUUGCUGUGUCGUCAGACGGCUUUGUCCAACAAGUUCAUAUUGAGCAAGCAGAUGCAAUGGUGCUGAAACUGAUUGAUAUACCACACUCUGCAAUUUUGCGGGGUAACAAUAGCGGUAACCACGUCCCGGCUGUAACCCUUACUGCAAACGGAAGAGGUUCAGUAUUAGUUCAAGUUUCCGUUACCUUUAAUGUUGAGAGUGAGGUUUCGCUUCCAGCCUUUAAUAUAACUUACAACAUUUUCGAAGAAACUAUUCGAUCAAUGGUCAUCCGUGCCUGCGCAAGAUAUUUACCGCAACGAUUUACAAGUGCUGGUAUGGCCGUUAUGGAAAUAGAUAUUCCAUCCGGUUUCUCCGCUGACCUUGAAAGUUCAAAAACCAAACUUGAUAAUGCCAAGAAAACUGAAAUAAGGGACGAAAAAACAGUAGUUUUAUACUACGAUGAGAUUUUGCCGACAUAUCCAAGUACAUGUGCCAACUUGGAACUAUUAAGGACGGAUCUAGUUGCAAAGACAAAACCGGCGGCCAUCCGGGUGUUUGAUUAUUAUAAACCAGAAAACCGAGCUUUAGCAUUCUAUCAAUCCACCCUUCUGAAAGACACUUCUGUUUGUGACGUGUGCAGUACUUGCGGCUGUAUCUGAACCUCUUUUACUAAUAAAAAUAGCAUGAUGUCAUGGCAAUGUAAACUCAGCAACACCAAAGUUCUAUUUCUUUUAGUUUGUUUGUUUUGUUGAGAAAGUUCCUUCGUAGAAUAAUAAACGUUCCAUACUUAU